AUGUCGGCCGUUGUCUACCGUCUUCAAUGCAACUGCGGAAAGUACAACUACGUUGGGGAAACCGGCCGACGACUGCAAACGCGAAUACACGAACAUAAGUUGGCCGUGCGAAGGUUGGACCCAACUCAUGCCGCACAAAUGGGACACAUCUUCAACUUUGACGCCGUUGAGAUUGUUGACCGGGGCGGUGAUCAUACAGCAAGGCAAGUGCAAGAAGCCUGGGUGUCCACCGACUGCUCUGUCAACCGCCACAUCAAUUUGCCUCCCCUCUAUCUGACUUUACGAACCUUCUUUACGGGGGACAUUCACGGCGCGGGACAAUCGGGACCUUCAGUCAUCUCCGCGUCCGACGGGGGCGAUUCACGUCACGGUGACAUGCUGGUUGGAUACAGCCAUACAGGCAGCAUUGGCGGGUCACGCAGUGAACAAAGUGCGCCAUAUAAGGACUUUCCAGUCUCUGAAGAUUGGUAG